AUGUCCACAGAUGCCCUCAAGGCGCUGCCGUCAUUAAGUUUGGUAUACACAAUAGCAUUAUUUCCACAUUCCAAAAACCGCCGCACCAUCCCAACUCCCAAGCGAAGUUCCAGAUACCUCCCAUAUCCCUGUGUGGUUUUGAGAAUUCGUAAACUGGCGAUUCGCCUUUUCGUAAGCCCUAACUUCUCCAGCCAAAACACAUUAUCUUGGUAUACCCGCGACUAUGAGCUAUUGCUUGGGCAAAGCACAAAAGCAACACGGUACUGCUAG